AUGACUAAUUUGCAAGGUACAGCAGCGCGGAAGCAGCAACAGUCAUGUUCUCAAGCUUUGAUUUUGUAUAUAGAGCUAACGAUCCAUGCCCAAUAUGAAAAAAUAUCAUUUCUGCUUGGUCUUUUGUCCUUGGACCCUUCAAGAUGGCCAUCCCCCACUCCAUCAGAGUCCCUUGCUAUAAAAAAUCAGAAGUUUUCAGAUUUAGUUGUCAAAUGCUUAAUUAAGUUGACAAAGGUUCUUCAGAGUACAAUAUAUGAGGUUGACCUUGAUUGCAUUCUUCAAAGUGUUCAUAUUUAUUUACAAGAACUUGGAAUGGAAGAGAUACGGAGGAGGGCUGGAGCUGAUAACAAGCCAUUAAGAAUGGUCAAAAUUGUGCUGCAUGAACUUGUAAAGCUACGAGGCACAGCAAUAAAAGGUCACCUUUCAAUGGUUCCUAUAGACUCUGAGCAUACAUUGAUCUUAAUCUCCAGACCCUUGCAGCAGCUAGGAUGUUAA